UUUGUCUUCUGUUCACAGGCUUUUCCCCAGUUUUACUUGCUCUUGACUGUUUCUCGUGUCGCCUUAUCUGCGCCGCCAUUACCCUGGUUCAGCAGGUUCAUGUAGCAGCUUACCUUGCCGCAAAGUCUGCUCCUGGCGUUCUCUAGCUUCUCGCCCGUCCCAGCCCCAAUUCUUCCGGCUUCUCAGCGGAAAUCUCCUUGCUAGCAAGGAUAAUCGCUACCGCAUAUUGGCAAUAGUGCUUUCUUGAAAAAUGGCAUCAUUAGGGGAAGAUUUGCUCUCUACCGUCAAUAAAUUACAGGACUUGGUUUUUAAUACCAUUGGAAGCGACUCCCUUGACUUGCCUCAGAUUGUGGUCGUCGGUUCACAGUCGUCAGGGAAGUCGUCAGUCCUUGAAAAUAUUGUCGGAAGGGAUUUUCUCCCUCGUGGUAGCGGGAUCGUAACCAGACGCCCCCUGAUCCUUCAACUUAUAAACGUCCCAAGUGAUCGCACUGAUGUACCCGAACAUGACGAAGUCAAUGUCCCUCACACCGCCGCUUCCGUUGCUGGACAGGGCGAGUGGGCCGAGUUUCACCACCAGCCAGGCAGAAAAUAUGAGGACUUUGCGCAAGUAAAGCAGGAAAUCGAGAAUGAGACGGCCAGGAUUGCGGGAAAUAAUAAAGGAAUAAACCGACAGCCGAUAAACUUGAAAAUUUUCUCCCCGCACGUGCUCAAUCUCACAUUGGUCGACCUCCCCGGUUUAACGAAAGUUCCAAUUGGAGACCAGCCUUCGGAUAUCGAGAAGCAGACGCGGAAUCUAAUAUCCGAAUACAUCGCGAAGCCUAACAGCAUUAUCCUAGCGGUGUCUCCUGCCAAUGUGGAUCUUGUCAACUCAGAAGCGUUGAAACUGGCACGCCAUGUUGAUCCUGUCGGAAAAAGGACAAUAGGUGUCUUGACAAAACUUGAUUUGAUGGACCACGGCACGAAUGCCAUGGAUAUUCUUACGGGACGUGUCUAUCCCUUGAAAUUGGGCUUUAUCGGAGUGGUCAAUCGAUCACAACAAGAUAUCCAAGGCGGAAAGCCACUUGCGGACGCUCUGAAAGCCGAAGCUGAAUUUUUUAGGCACCAUCCGGCAUACAGGAAUAUGGCUAUCCGAUGUGGAACUCAGUACCUCGCAAAGACGCUGAAUACAACAUUGAUGGCCCAUAUUCGAGAGAGACUUCCGGAUAUCAAAGCCCGCUUGAAUACGCUCAUGGGUCAAACCCAACAAGAGCUCGCUAGCUAUGGUAACAAACAAUUUAGCGGAAAGGAGCAUCGAGGCUCUUUGAUUUUACAACUGAUGACUCGUUUUGCUUCCUCGUUUAUCUCGUCUAUCGACGGUACUUCCUCCGAAAUAUCAACGAAGGAACUCUGUGGCGGCGCAAGAAUCUAUUACAUUUUUAAUUCUGUGUUUGGAAACUCCCUCGAGACGAUAGAUCCGACCCAGAAUCUCUCAGUACUUGACAUUAGAACAGCAAUUCGAAACUCGACUGGCCCAAGACCCAGCCUUUUCGUUCCGGAACUCGCUUUUGAUUUACUCGUGAAGCCUCAGAUUAAACUGCUUGAGAUUCCCAGUCAGAGAUGCGUUGAGCUUGUCUAUGAGGAAUUAAUUAAGAUCUGCCACACAUGUGGCUCGACCGAACUAUCCCGAUUUCCGCGCUUGCAAGCCAAGCUAAUCGAAGUGGUCUCGGAUUUACUGCGUGAGCGGCUUGGUCCGUGUUCAAAUUACGUCGAGUCCCUGAUUUCGAUACAGCGCGCUUAUAUCAAUACGAAUCAUCCCAAUUUCCUUGGAGCAGCCGCUGCCAUGUCGUCGGUUAUCCAAAGCAAGCAAGAGCAGGAGAGGAAAGCUGCUCUGGCUGAAGAUAAACGUAAACGUGAGCGCAGACGGCUCAAGGAGCUCGGCGGUGUAAAUGGCACGGCUACACCGGAAGAAAAUGAGGAUCAUCACGAAGAUGAGAGACACCAAACUCUUCCUAUCCGCGCAAACAAGGUCGGUAGGAGCCAGUCGCCUCAUAUCGGGAAUCUCGAGAACAGCCGGAUUUCAUCGUCGCUUAACGGUUUCCAAGCAGUUUCUCAGCCAACAGGAGGUCGAGAUUCCUUCCUGAACUACUUCUUCGGCAAAGAAGGAGCCCUUCCUGCACCAGGCCCGGCACAAGGAGCUGCGCGCCAUGUCAGCCAUUCGACCGAGCCUAGCUUUAGCCAGAGCUUCCGUCGCAGUGAAUUAAGGUCUCCUUCGAUUUCACACAACUUUCCCGACGACGUGACUGCUCCAUCGGAGUAUGGAGAUGCAUCCUUGGUUAAGGAUGACACCGAGCCCGCGCUUACAGAUCGCGAAGCCCUCGAGACAGAGCUCAUCCGCCGUCUUAUUUCGUCUUACUUUAACAUCGUUCGGGAAACCAUUGCCGACCAGGUUCCCAAAGCCAUCAUGCAUCUGCUUGUUAACCACAGCAAAGAGGUUGUGCAGAACAGGCUAGUUAGUGAGUUGUACAAGGAAGAACUCUUCCCUGAGCUUCUGUACGAGGAUGAUGGGAUCAAAGCUGAACGAGAAAAAUGCGAGAAAUUACUCGAAACGUACAAGAAAGCGGCGAAGAUCGUGGGAGAGGUGCUGUAAAGGAUCUAACUGCAUUUCUUCAAACUACAUCCGUGUGCUUUUUUAACCUGUAACAUGCAUCUUUUCUUUUCCCUAAUUUCUUCACUUCGUUACCUCAAAAAUCAUCGUGCAUGCUUGGGAAAGUUCUUUCUCUUUGGCUAUACCUCUUAGUGGCAGGUUCCUAUACUCUCUUCAUUUUCGCAUCUCUACGCGCUCCCCUUUCUCCCCUUUCCGGUUUAAGCAUCUUUCGUUUCUUGCUGCUAUUUCUUGCAUCGUUUGGAUAACAUGAAGAGCCAAGAAUCGGACAAGAACUACUUUUAGAGUGAGUAUAAAACAGGGUCUUCUAUACUCGAAGCCUGAGAAGACUACGCUACGAUGCCGAGGCGACACUUUGAAUGAUGUAUGUAUAUUCUAUGGGCAUGUAUUUCCAUUCCACCUUUUUUUUAGUUUUUAUUUUUUAUCUCUUUUUGUACACGAAUGAAUGCCGGGGAUGGUGGCUGGCCUUUUUUUUAAUCCUUGUUUCGUUCCUUCAUUGUUAAGCACCUGACGUUCGCAUGUCUCUUUACCUAGUCAGGGCGCUUUGGGCACCGUUUCUGGGCGACGGGAUGUUAAACUUUAAUGCAGCUACACGACUUGAUAUUUCGUUAUAAGGCCCGUGUAGAUGUGAACUUGUCAUACUAUGUAUUCAAAUCAGGCCUUGGGGGUCUGCAAGUCUAGAUAUCUGUUCUAACAUUGGGUAUAAUGCUAUGUAUGUAUAU